AUGACCUCGCUUGCGGGGGUCGCGUACUUUGAUGGCGCGGCUCGGAAAGACCCGCAUUGUGGCGGUAGUGGCUCGCUCGUCUUUUUGAUCGAGUCGCCCCAGAACGUGGUGUACCAAGCCAACUACCUUGAUGCCGCGACAACGAACAACGAGGCCGAGUACGACGGUCUGAUCACGGCGCUCCAGCUAGCUCAGCGACUGGCAGUGACGCAUCUCACGGUGCGCGGCGACAGCAUGCUGCUGAUGCAGCAGAUGAAGGGCAUCUACCGGGUCCAAGAGGCCCGUUUGCAGAAGCUGCAUGUCCAGGCGCGGGAGCUCGCGGCAUGUUUUACGUGCACAUGGGAACACCACCCUCGCGAGUUCAACCAAGCCACGGAUCAUUUGUCCAAGCUCGCACCCGACGACUGCACCUCGUACGCGCAUCCCGACGACGGACGGCACGAUGUACUGCCGGCCGAGGAACUCCUGCACGUUGAAGAGCUUCUGGCCGCCGACGUUCAACACACAACUAGUACGUAAGUCUUAGUAGGUGGAGUCUUUAGUCUGUAUAAAGAUUUCAAUCCAUAUCAU